GAAAAAGGACAUAGCCAGAAAGAGAGAAACUUUGAAAAAGACAGCCAAAAUGACAACUCAGGGCAUGAGGAAGGAACUAGUCUCACUGCUGAGGAGAUAUUCCAACAGAUGAGAAGAAAGGAGAUGGACGUACUGUUGAGGGCUGGGUUUCCAGAUUCAAGACAACAGUACAAAAGCAAGAGUGUCAGAGAGCCUGGAAAACAAAGUCAAACUGUUGAAAAAUACACAAAUGACCAGUCACAGGGAAAACCUGCUGAAAAUGUUGAAGAAGUGUUCCAACAGUUGAGAAAAAGGGAAAUGGAAAUACUACUAAGAGCAGGAUUCCCAUACACAAAGCAACAAGUCCGAUGCAAAAGUGAUGAAGACGUUACAAAGCAUGCAAAGACUGCUGAAAGCAACACACCACAACAUCCACAAAAUGUUGAAGAGGUCUUCCAACAGAUGAGAAAAAAGGAAAUGGAAACUCUGCUAAGUGCUGGUUUUCCAGACACAAAACAAACGCCCCGGUGCAAAAGUGAAGAACAGGUUGCAAGACAUCUCAAAACUAUUGAGAAAGACCCUCAUCAGCAAAAAAUAACCACUGGAAACAAUGCAAAACAAAACUGUCGAAGCGAUAGUCCUACAGAUGUUGAAGAGCUCUUCCAACAAAUGAGAAAAAAGGAAAUAGAUGUACUAAGAAAAGCAGGAUUUUCAGAUACAAAACAACUGGCUUGCAGCGAAAGUGAUACAGAAGACGUCAAACAACUUCCCCGGAGCAACCCUGUUGGAGAAGACGAAAUAGAAAAGCCUCAGAAAGAAGGAACUGGAGAAGCUUCAAUACAAACGUCCGAAAGCAAGGGUGUAGAAAAGGAAGUUGAGGAGUUGUUUCAACAAAUGAGGAAAAAAGAAAUAGAAAUAUUACAGAGAGUAGGCUUUCCAGAUUCAAAAGACAGAAUCAAACAUGCUGAUGACGACAUUAAACCACAGAGCAAAAGUGAAACUGCUGAAAAAGACACAAUGCAACAUCUACGAAACAGAACUUCUGACGACGAAUCAAAAGGAGACUUUCAAGGCGACAGUCCCGGUGAUGUUGAAGAGCUCUUCCAACAAAUGAGACAAAAAGAAAUAGAUAUACUACGAAAAGCAGGAUUUCCAGAAACCAAAGAACAGCCUUGCAAUAAAAGUAUUGAAGAAGACAUCCAACAACUAUCCCAGAGCAAACCCGUGGAAAAGAAGGAUAAAGAAAAGUCACAAAGCAAAGAAACUGUAGACGCUACAAGACAAGAAUCCCAAAACAAGAAUACAGCAACGAAUGUUGAGGAGUUGUUUCAAAAAAUGAGAAAAAGAGAAAUGGAAAUAUUAUUAAGGGCGGGGUUUCCAGAUACCAAAGUAAAUGCUGAUGACAACACUAAACUACAGAACAAAACCAAAACUACUGAAAAAGAAUCAAAACAACAACCCCAAGGAAAAGGUGAAGCUACAACACUGAAGGAUGAAAGUAAAAACGCUGAAAAAGACGAGUCUGGUGACAACCUUGACGUAAACCAAGGCGAUAGUAUUGAAUCCUUCACGGGACCUAUGUAUUGGUGCUGUAUCUGCAUUUACCGGAGGAGAGCACAUAACAAGAAGCAAAAAGAUGUAAAACAGGAGAAAAGGCCCGGACUUCUGAAAAGAUUUAGAAGAUUUUUGAGCAGAACCUUCCGCAGAGAGAGGCAGGAGUAAACUAGAUGUGAUGAUGAU